UUCUCGUGAUUUGUCAGUUUUGCGCUGUUGCUUUUACAACGUUUAAGAUUUUAUCAGUGAAAGGUUAUGUUCGAUAUAAGGGUAUUUGAAUCUAGGUCUUCGUAAAAAAAGAAAAAAAAAAAAAAAAAGAAAAACUUAAAGUAUAAGAAGAGGUGUUGAAUAAAAAAAGAUAAAAUAAUUGGAAAUUUUCACGAAAUAUUUACGUGGAAAGAGGUUAUAAUACGCGCAAGGAUGUGCGUAGUACGAUAAGUACAAGUUUUUCAUAUUUCAGUAUUCCUAUAUUACUUCGAUUGAAUAUAUUUAUAUUAUACAAUGGAAAACAGUUUUCGUAUAAUUUAUGCCUUUUCCAUUAUUUUCAUUCGAUUUCCAUUGUAUUAUCUUCAUCCAUUAGAAAAUACUUCCGUUACGUACGAUAUCAAAAAUCUCUGUGAUAAUCCCAUCAAAGAUUUCUUUCGAAAUGAAUCGAAAUAUAAAACAAAUUGUUCGGUGAAUUAUUCAAAGGAAAUAAAUCAAUUAAAAGUUACAGAGACUAAUAUAGAAAUAUUUGUAUGUUUGAGAACAUAUGAAAUUAUAAAUAAAACCUGUACAAUUGGAAAACAAAAAGAAUUGGUCAAUAUAAUUCAUGAUAAGAAGAAAUUAGAUUUGAUGAUUCAAAAUUUAACCGAGACUAACUUCAAUGAUUUGGAUAUGAAUAAUCAUUGUUUAAGUUUAUCAGAAUUUUUACCUACAAAUACAGAAUUACAAUCUCCGUUGGAAACAUUGAGAGAAUCAUUAAAUGAUACUUUCGUAUGUAAAAAGGUAUGUUUCGAUUUGUAUAAGAAAAUGAUACCAUUAUGUGCAAUAUUGGAAUUGAUCAAUAAAAUAGACAAAGAGAUUGUAAAUCAUAUAAAAAUGAAUUAUAUUAAUGUGAAAGUAGAUGCAAUCAAUGAAAAUAUUAGUAGUUUAAAAAAAACUAAAGAAAAUCAAAUAAAUCAUAGAAAUCAAUCAAGUUUACAUCAAGAUGAAACGACUAAUAAUGUGAAAACUGUCAAACCAUUGAAAAAAGGAAUAGAAAUGAAAACAAUUUUGAGCAAUAAUAGCUCUAAUAUUUCUAAUAUAUCUAUGAAUAAUGUAAAUGAUAAUGAUACAAAUAAUAAUGGGAAUCUUAAAUACAUGAGUGAUCAACAGAACAAAGGUGUAAAAUCUAAAUCAAAUGUCAAUGAGGUAAAUUUACAAUCAAUAUCUGCUUCUACGAAUGUUUAUAAUCAAGAGUUAUAUAAGACACCAUCCCAAUUAGACGAUAUUGAUAAGAAACAAUCAAUUAAUAUCAAUAAUAGCCAAGAACCACCUCCAAAUAUUGAAAAAGCUGAUCCAAAAAGUAAAAAGGAAGAUAAAAUAGAUUUAGAGGUAAAAUCAGAAAAUCCUGAAAUAAAUUCAUCUUUACAAAAUAAACAAUCAGAUACUAAAACCACUGUACCAUCCAAUAAUACACCAAUCAUUGAAAAUGUUGAAAGUUCUACUCAAAUAAACGAUGAACAGCAAUCCAAUCUACCAGAUAGUACAGAUCAGUCUAUUAAUGAAGAUAAUCUAAGUGAUAAAACUAGAACUCAAAAAGGAAAUUAUUCCAAUAUUAAGAAUGAUGAUGAAUCACAUUUCCUUACUUAUUUUGCCAUUAUAUCACUUGGUUUUAUCGCUGGUUACAUUGGAUAUCAUAAUAAGCAAAAGAUAUUGGCGAUAGUAUUAGAAGGACGUAGGUCAAAAAAUAAUCGAGGUAGACGACGCCCUAGUACUGCAAAUUAUCGUAAACUUGAUUGCACAUUAGAAGAAGCAGUUACCUCACAGUGUAAUGCAAAUGUUACUCAUGUUAUGUAUUAAUACAAAUUGUAUGUGAAAUGAUUGAUCACGUUGCAUAUUAAGGCACCAUUUCCGAUGUAAUAGAUUUUGUACUUGAGCAUCUUUUCUUAAAAUCAUUUUUUUGUUUCAUAAUGAAACAAAUAAUUAUGAUGGGGAUCACAAUUUUGCGUUAAUAAUGGGACAUAACAAUAUUUAAAAAUAACAUAUAAAUUUUGUGACCAUAUGUACAUUGUGUCUCAUAAAAACUAAUAUAGCAGAAUGUUCCUAUUUACUAUUAUUGCAAUGCGAAAGUAUUUUAGUAAAUCAAGUAUUUCUAUUUGAAAAAAAAAAAAAAAAAAAAAAAAAUCUUUUUGUAUAAAAUUUAUUUCUUAUUUGAU